CAGACUUGGACCCAUCAGGACUCUGACAGGGACAGGGCUUCCUAUCUGCUCCACGAGACGUCAUGACCCCCUCCCUCCUCCCCCCGCUCAGGGCGGGGCCUCGUCGCGCAGCAGCUCCAUCCCGUUCACCGACACCGACCUCCUGCUAGUCUUCAGCCCCCGGAAUGGACCCUAGAGUCCGGCCCAUCUCCAGUCCGUCUCAGCAGGCUCGGUUCGGUUGAGGAAGAUGUAGAUGAAGCGAAACCAUUGGAGCGGAUCGCAACCUCACAACGGUUCGGGUCGCGGAGCAUCGCCCGAUGCAGAAGAAGGACCGUCUUUGUUUGGAUGCAGCAGACUGAGAUCCAGCAGGCCGGACUCUAGAGACCCCAAGACCCGGACCCGCAUCAUGCUGGUCCCGCUGCUCCUCACCGGGAUCCUGCUCGCCUCCGUCCAGGAUGUGGCAGCAUUCCAGGUUUCUAUCAACAAUGCCGGGUUGAUUGUGGCGGCGCUGGAUCCUUCAGACCUUCUGGAGAACUUCACAUCCUACGCGGUGCAGAUCUCUGGAGAACCUCGACUGGUUCUGAUUCCGUUCAUCAACACCAGCGAGCCGCUGCAGUUCAAUGCAUCAUUUCAUGGUCUGGUCUACACUGUGGGACUGUUGGGUCUGACCGGGUUAGGCUGGUCCCGACCCAUCAGGAGUGUGCCGAUUCUCACCAAACCACUUCCUGUUCGCAGCGCUCACAUAUCGGACUAUCAGGAUGCUCCGGAGACCGGUGUUGUGUUCGACAUCGACCCCCCGUCCAGAACUGUUUUCAGCAGAGUCAACAUCAGCUACACGGAGGGACAAGAGCGCCGCUCCAUGCUCUAUAAAGAUUUCUACAAAGGGAAGACGGUGUUUAAACACUGGUUGCCGGGCUCGUGUUACCGUGACAUCACCUUCCAGCUCAUCUCUGAGGCAACCAUUUUCCAGACGGCUCUGAUCAGCCACAGUGACAUCACGCACACACCUCUGCACCACCGGACAGUGCCAUACCCCCCCCUCAACAUGUCGUAUAAAAUAGUCCACCUGAGCCAGGAGUCCGUCGCCGGUGAGGUCCAUGAUGUGGGCGAGGUCAAGGCCUCCUCCCGUCAGACCCGGCACGUCUCACUGUUAGAGGAGGAGGAGCAGGAACGGGAGUUGGAAGCCACCCACGUUCCCUUCAAUAGUUCUCACAACGAGAUGGAAAACGUUCCUAUCGUCAGGAACCAGACGGAGGAGGCAGAGACUCAAAGCUACUGGCUGGAACCGACUGGGACAUCUCCUGAUGACAGAGACGAGGAGUUUGUCAACGCUGUGGUUGCAGAGUACGAGGACUCCAAUGAUCUGGGGUCAGCCAUGGGGGUUCCCACAGAACCCCCUGUGCUCCCCACCAGGCUUCCCCCCAUCCUGCUGGAGCUCCACUGGCUUCCACCUCGACCUCCGACCAGCUUUGACGGCUUCAACGUUUACAUCUACAGAGAUGGUAACUCCACGGAGACGGCCACCGUUAGCGAGAACACUCACGAGUUUUUCACCCAGUUAACAGACCCAGGAACGUACCGCGUACAGGUCACCACGCUCAGCUCGUCUGGAGAUUGCGAGGUCCGAGAGAGCGGCGCCGACACCAGCUUCACCUUCUACCUCAGUUCUGAUGGCGAGCUGUUGGAGGAGCUGCGGGACCGCCCACAGGCCGUCAGCGUCAGACUGCUGGACUCCAGCACUGCUGCCAUCUCGUGGGCCCCGUCCUCCCAGAACCACAAUGGCAGCCUGGUGUCGGUGGUCUCCACCACCUGCCUGAAGCCAAGCCUGAACCAGAGGAUGGAGAACACAUACUGCAGCGAGGAAAACUCAACGAGUGACAUCAUCAGUAACCUGACCCCUGGCGCUCAGUAUCGCGUGGUGGUCUAUCACACCAACGGACCUCUGAUCAGCCCUCCAUCAGAGCCUGUCAUCAUCGACAUCGAGCCCACAGGUGUUCGUGAGCUCACCGUUUACCCUCUGAGCCCGACAGCGGUGAUUUUGAGCUGGCAGCGUCCGUACCAUGUAGCCUUCAGGAAGUACAUCCUGCAAACAUUCUUCUUUAACCCCGUCACGCUGGCGUCCGAGUGGACCACCUACUACGAGAUUGCCGCCACCGCCUCUGUCAUCGCCUCAGUGAGAGUCACCGACCUUUUGCCCGCCUGGUACUACAGCUUCAGAGUUUCCAUGGUGACAUGGGGCGAGCCGCCGCUCACCUGCUGCGACAGCUCCACCGUAAGCUUCAUCACAGCUCCUGAGGCUCCACACAUCUCCUCGGUGGACUACUCCCACGGCAUCCUGUUUGUCCGCUGGACCUAUGGCGAGCUCUUCAUUGACCUGUCUCAUUCCAGGAUGCUGCACUGGCAGGUGGUGGCUGUUGGCAAGAAGGGCCCUGAGAAGAGCUACUCUGUCGAUGUGACUCGUAACAUGAUGCGGGCGAGCCUCCCGCUGCCUCCAGGAGACAUCUACAACCUGACGGUGACUGCAUGCACUGAGCGCAGUCGGAACACUUCGGUACCAAACAUCAUCAAACUGGAUCCAGCACCUCCCAAGUCCCUGUUUGCCGUCAACGCCACUCACUCGUCCGUCACCUUGCUGUGGUCCGAGGACGGGGUGGUGGACUACUACCAGGUCCUCUGCCGACCCAACAAGUCCUUCAAGGGGCUGAAGGCCUGUGAGCCAAUCACCUCCACCUCCCACAUGCUAACCGUUUCUGGUUUGGCUCCAUCAUCUAGCUACAACUGCACGGUCACCAGCUUCAGCUACAGCACGCCGAGCCGACCCGCCCACAUCACCGUCAGCACCGCUGCCAAAGAGAUGAAACCGAGUGUCGCUGCCAUCUCGGCGCUGGCAGUCCUCAGUGUCCUGCUCAUCAGCCUGCUGGUUCUCUUCCUGCUGGUCCUUCGGAAGAAGCACCUGCAGAUGACCAGGGAAUGCGGCUCUGAGACUUUUGUGAACUUGGCUUCGUUUGAACGUGACGGGAAGCUUCCCUACAACUGGCGAAGGAGCCUCUUUGCCUUCCUUACCCUGCUGCCGUCCUGCCUUUGGACUGACUAUCUUUUGGCUUUUUAUAUUAAUCCGUGGAGCAAGACUGCAUUAAAGAAACGGAAGUUAACCAGUCCCGUGCAGCUGGACGACUUUGAGAUCUAUUUCAAAGAGAUGAGCAAAGACUCGGCCUACAAGUUCUCGCUGCAGUUUGAGGAGCUGAAAAGCGUGGGUCUGGAUCUAAGCCACGAUGCCGCAGACCUGCCCGUCAACAGACCCAAGAACAGAUACACCAACAUCCUGCCCUACGACUUCAGUCGGGUUAAGCUCGUCUCCAUGCACAACGAUGAAGGUGCAGACUACAUCAACGCCAACUACAUACCUGGCUACAAACACUCCAAGGAGUACAUCGCUACCCAGGGUCCGCUGCCCGAAACCCGCAAUGAUUUCUGGAAGAUGGUCCUGCAGCAGAAGUCGCCCAUCGUCGUGAUGCUGACUCAGUGCACCGAGCGGCGGCGAGUGAAGUGUGACCACUACUGGCCAUUCACAGACGAGCCGGUGAUGUACGGCGACAUCAGCGUGGAGAUGCUGUCUCAGAGCGAGUCUCCCGAGUGGAUCAUCAGAAAGUUUCGACUCGGAUAUGCCGACGAGACUCAGGAUGUCCUCCAUCUGAAUUACACUUCGUGGCCAGAUCAUGGCGUUCCCACAGUCAACGCCAUCGAGAGUAUCCUGCAGUUUGUUCACAUAGUCCGCCAGCAGGCCAACAGGAGCAAACAGCCCAUCGUGGUCCACUGCAGCGCCGGGGUCGGCAGAACUGGGACCUUCAUGGCCUUGGAUUGCCUCAUGCAGCACAUUCGAGAGCACGAGUUUGUGGACAUCCUGAGCAUGGUGUCAGAGAUGAGAUCGCAUCGACUGUCGAUGGUCCAGACGGAGGAGCAGUACGUCUUCAUCCAUCAGUGCGUCCUGUUGAUGUGGCAGAAGAAGAAGCAGCAGUCCAUCACUUCAGACGUCGUCUACGAAAACGCCAGCAAGACAUAAUGAGACGCCUCCACACGUGGCCCAGCUCCAUUCAGGAAACAGGCUGUGACCACGCCUGGCCUCCUGUGCUUCAGGCAUCCAUUCUCAUAGAAGACGACCCGCUUCAUCAUCAGCAUCAGCAACCAGAGGAAACUCUAAUCCAGUCUUUUAUUUGAAUCGGUGUUAAAGCACGGGAUGGAGUUCUGCCUUAAGGAGCGUUCACUGUCCAACAUGUUCAACUACGACCCUGAAGGGUUCGACUAUUGGUCACACGCUGCAGCGGUGCUCGCUCCGGCGGCGUCAUGCCAACACUCGACACUCACACUCGAGUCAGCAGCUUUUCUUUUCACUCUUAUUUUUAUCUCAGGAGUUGCUGAAGACCAGCGAACAUCUUCCUCAGCUGCCAACAUCUCACUCUUUUACCUUUAGUUUGUGCUUCACCCAUUCAUCAGAGUGCAGCUUUGGGUGUUUGCGUGGUUACACACUGCCACACGACAGAGUGCUGCUGACCAGAACCCGCUGACCAGAACCCGCUGACCAGAACCCGCUGACCAGCAGACAUCAAGCAGAACCAGAAAUAUGCUGAAAGUUUCAGGAAGGUAAAGCUCAGAGUUCCUUCAUCGUCGUGUUUACAAAAUCUGCACAAAACCCUCUGGAGUCGUAGAUUCAGAAGCUGCUGGUUCUGAAGUUCAGGCCCUGGUACCGGUCUGGAUGUGUGCUGGUUCUGAAGUUCAGGCUCUGGUACCGGUCUGGAUGUGUGCUGGUUCUGCUCGUCAGGGUCAGAGGUUCAGAAGCUGUCGUUUGACUUUGCACUGAAGAGGAGUGGAGUUCCUGCUGCUCUACGAGAGGAACAUUCCAACGGUACCACGCUACCAGGAACAGAGCAGUAGAACCGGGCUGGAGGAGGUUCUGAGCCCUGAAUCAUUUCAACGGAAAAUGUUUUGUUAAAUGUGUUCACCACUAAUGUUUGUGUUUACUUUAAAGCCUGAUCCUUGCUUCAGACUGGUUCUGGUUCUGGUUCUGCUCUAGAUGAAGUCACUCAUAAACACAGAUGGCUGUCGGGUUCAGAGUCAUGAAUAAAUCUGCCACUAACCCCAUUAGAUUCGUUGACUCUGUCAUCCUAAACGGUUAGUGUGAAGCGGAUAAACGAUUCAGCCUUUAACAUCAUUGGCUUUGAUGUCUGAAGUGUUAAAAUGUGAAUAAAGAACAUUUAUCAGGUUCUUCGUUAGUGAUGCAGAACUGCAGAAUGGACAUUAAUGAAGAGGUCCUUCACUGAAAUACCAUCUUUAAUGAUCAUCUCUGAUUCUAACGGGUCACUCUGAGUGUUUCAUGCAGGCUGAACAUGAAAAUAGUCUCCUACACCUAUCUCCUGGUUUAGCUUCUGAUAGACAACAGACGGUGAAACUCUAGGAUAGAAAAUCCUGACAGAUCUACGUCACCCUGUCACUAACAUUCAUGGACUCACCCAUCUGGACUCACGACGGGGAAGCUGUUGUUGGUUUAGUCCAGGAAACAGCAGAGAACGUCUCAGCUAGUAGAAGCUAACUGUUAGCAUUAGCAACUCCACCACACAACAGAACUCCUCCAGGCUUGGGUUAUUGGUGGAGAUAAAACAUCAACGUUGCAGAGCAAACAGACUCAGUGGUAGAGUCAUGUUGCUGUUAGCCAAUCAGAGGAGAGAUGUCCACAUAUCAGGAAGUAAGACUCCAGAUCCUGCCGUUUGAUCUGGCUUGCUUCUACUUCCUGAAACAGGUGCACCAGAGCUUUGUUUCCUCAGAGUACGACUUUCAUUCAUUCAUUCCUACUAGAGACCACUGUAGAUGUACUACAAACAUAAGUGAAGCAACUCUUUGAACUCAUUUUGUUUUCCAGAUGUUGUUUUCAGCGUGACCUCCAGAUGGCAGUAAUGUGUACGUACUCCUAAACUGUUGCUUCCUGCACAGGUCGUGAUAUGAAAGUAGAUGUCUAUUUUUGGCAUCAUGAAGGACAUUAAUCAGAGUCAGGUUUGUUGCCAUGUAGGUGAGAGAGUCAUUUACAUGGCAACAAACCUGAUCCUGAUUCUGAUGGGCCAAAUGUCACAAACAAUGUUUAUUUACGUUUUGUUUGUUUUGGUGCCUCCUGGUGUCUGAUCAGAAAUCUGUUCUGCUGCUUUGCUCUAAUCAGUUCAUGUUGAUGGUCGAAACCCACUCCUCUCAUCGGUGGCUGUAGUGACGCCACCAGUAGAGGAGUUACACACUUAUCUUAUCUUUGAUCCUGCAGUUGUGGUGCAACAGCAAGACCUUUAAGCUUCGCAGGGACGUUAAAAAUGACUGAAUUUCUUUAUUUAAACAUGUUAUUAAACCAAACUAAGUUAUUGCUGUGGGAAAUAAUUUACUGACAACUCAGUGAAGUUCUGGAAGUUAUGAAUGAAAUGAAUUGGAUCGAACUAACAAUCUUCUAAACUGUUGUCGUGGUUUGGCUUUACACCUUGUAAACAGGUUGUUUCACCAUAAAAACAUCAAACUCUUCAUGUUUCUGCAGCUGGAGCCUGAACAUCUUAAAUAGGUUCAAGAAAAUAUUUUUUUUCUAUUUUUAAUUUCUUAUUUUAGACAAAGUGUGUUGUUUUGCCAGGAGAAGAUGAUGUUGGCAUUUAAAAACACUUUGUAAGUAUGUACAGAGAUUUCAUAAAUCUGUGAGUGUUUGUUAAAGUUUUGAGGUAAUUUUGUGGUGCUGAUCCAGCUGUUAUAACUGAUCAAGCUGUUAUAACUGAUCAAGCUGUUAUAGCUGAUCCAGCUGUUAUAACUGAUCCAGCUGUUAUAACUGAUCCAGCUGUUAUAACUGAUCCAGCUGUUAUAGCUGAUCCAGCUGUUAUGACUGCUCCAGCUGUUAUAACAGAUCCAGCUGUUAUAGCUGAUCCAGCUGUUAUAACUGAUCCAACUGUUAUAACUGAUCCAGCUGUUAUAGCUGAUCCAGCUGUUAUAACUGAUCCAGCUGUUAUGACUGCUCCAGCUGUUAUAACAGAUCCAGCUGUUAUAGCUGAUCCAGCUGUUAUAACUGAUCCAACUGUUAUAACUGAUCCAGCUGUUAUAACUGAUCCAGCUGUUAUGACUGCUCCAGCUGUUAUAACUGAUCCAGCUGUUAUGACUGCUCCAGCUGUUAUAACUGAUCCAACUGUUAUAGCUGAUCCAGCUGUUAUAGCUGAUCCAGCUGUUAUAGCUGAUCCAGUUGUUAUAACUGAUCCAGCUGUUAUGACUGCUCCAGCUGUUAUAACUGAUCCAGCUGUUAUGACUGCUCCAGCUUUUAUAACUGAUCCAACUGUUAUAGCUGAUCCAGCUGUUAUAAAUGAUCCAGCUGUUAUAGCUGAUCCAGUUGUUAUAACUGAUCCAGCUGUUAUAACUGAUCCAGCUGUUAUAGCUGAUCCAGCUGUUAUAGCUGAUCCAGUUGUUAUAACUGAUCCAGCUGUUAUGACUGCUCCAGCUGUUAUAACUGAUCCAGCUGUUAUGACUGCUCCAGCUUUUAUAACUGAUCCAACUGUUAUAGCUGAUCCAGCUGUUAUAAAUGAUCCAGCUGUUAUAGCUGAUCCAGUUGUUAUAACUGAUCCAGCUGUUAUAGCUGAUCCAGCUAUUAUAGCUGAUCCAGUUGUUAUAACUGAUCCAGCUGUUAUAACUGAUCCAGCUGUUAUAGCUGAUCCAGCUGUUAUAGCUGAUCCAGCUGUUAUAACUGAUCCAGCUGCUAUAACUGAUCCAACUGUUAUAACUGAUCCAGCUGUUAUAGCUGAUCCAGCUGUUAUAACUGAUUCAGCUGUCAUAACUGAUCCAGCUGUUAUAGCGGAUCCAGCUGUUAUAGCUGUUCCAGCGGUUAUAACAGCCGCAACAGUUAUAACAGCUGUUAUAUGUCACAUUUCACAGGUAGGUAGGUGGUGUCUUGUACAUACUGCUGAACUGCUCAAUUUCUACUCAUUUCUAAGUGAAUCUUGUGAAACUGUUGCUUUAGACUUUUACUUUUGAAAGCAGUAAAUAUGAGUUCUCUGAGCCAGAACUGCAUCGGUUCAGAAGACAUGAAGAACUCACAUCUGGUGUGUUAUACAAGCUUUGAUACAGGUGUGGAAAACGAGCUCUGAACCCUUUUCCAGUUCUUGCUUAGUGUGUUCAGUUGGAAUCUGCUCAUCACUGGUGCCAUUCUUGUUCAUUGUGUCAUUACAGUUUGAACCAAACUGUCACAGACUUAAUAUGUUAGACUAAAUAAAAUGUUGCAGUAAA